CCCUUCCGAAAUCCUUGUCUAUACUUAAUUAGACUAGCAAAAUUCAUGUGUUGAGACAAAAUUCCUCUGAAGAAAAACAAGAGUUUGAAAAUUUCUUUCUUCCAUUGUGUUCUGUUUUCAUGGCAAUAAGAAACACUCAAAAACUCCUGGGAAGAUUCAACAAAUCAAUUAACACUUCAGCUGUUGCUAUUACUUCUUCAUCAUCAUCAUCCGUUCCGGAUUUACCCGAAAAGAAAAGCGUUGCGGAUUCUUUUAGGACGGAAAAGAAAAGAAAUGAACAAAUAUUGGAUCUUGAGAAUGGAGAGAAAUUAUUCUCAUCAAUAAAAACAAGUUAUCUAAUGAAAUCAUUGAUGAAUCAAUAUCUAGUUUCAUAUGAUCCAAUCGUUGAUAUUGGAAUUUGGGUUAUGAAAUCAAGAUUAAUGGAAACCAUGGUAUUUAAAAGUCUUAUAUUAGGUGUUGUCAAACAUACAUUUUAUGAUCAUUUCUGUGCUGGUGAGAAUUUAAAUGAAGCUAGUAAAACCCUUGAAAGUCUUUGGGAUGUUGGUUUGAAAGGAAUUAUGGAUUAUGGUUUAGAAGAUGCUAAUGAUAAUUUCUCCUGCGAUCGGAAUUUAAGCGAAUUCCUUAAAACCAUUGAAUCCACCAAGUUUCUUCCUCCUUCAUCUGUGAGCUCUGCAUGUGUAAAGAUAACAGCAAUCUGUCCAAUAUCAUUGCUUAAAAGAGUAAGUGAUUUGCUAAGAUGGGAGCACAAAGAUUCUUCAUUUCAUCUUCCAUGGAAGAUCAAUACGUUUCCAAUGCUUUCGGAAUCGAGUCCUUUUUAUCACACUUUGACUGAACCAAACCAUUUGACGUCAAUAGAAGAACAUGAUCUUGAACAAGCUCAUGAAAGACUACUUCAACUAUCCGAAAAAUGUCUGGAGAUGAACCUGCCCUUGCUCGUUGAUGCAGAAUACUCGUCAGUUCAACCCGCUAUUGAUUACUUGACAUAUUCAUCUAUGAUAAAAAUCAAUAGACACGAAAUCCCGAUUGUAUACGGUACAAUUCAAGCUUAUUUAAAAGAUUCAAAAGAGAGAUUGAUUCUCGCAACAGAAGCUGCAGAGAAAAUGGGUGUUAAAGUAGGGUACAAACUAGUAAGAGGAGCUUAUUUAUCUAGCGAAUUGCAAUUAGCUUCUUCUUUAGGUUGUACAUCUCCAAUUCAUAAUACCAUCCAAGAUACCCAUGAAUGUUACAAUGAAUGUGCUUCUAUUAUGCUCGAGAAAGUCGCCAAUGGUACUGGAGCAAUCGUACUCGCUACCCAUAAUCUUAAUUCAGGGAGAGUGGCAGCAGCGAAAGCGCAAGAAUUGGGACUUGGAAAGAGUAACCCAAAGCUACAAUUUGCGCAGUUGAAAGGAAUGGCAGAUGGGUUAUCAUUUGCAUUAAAGAAUGCAGGGUUUCAAGUAAGCAAAUAUCUUCCUUAUGGACCAGUUGAUAUGGUUAUACCUUACCUACUGAGAAGAGCUGAGGAAAAUAGGGGGAUGUUAUCUACUUCAACUAUAGACAGAGAACUGAUGAAGAACGAAGUGCUACGGCGAUUCAAAGCUUCAAUUCGUUCGCCAAAGUGAUGCCUUUAAAUUAGCCAUUAAAUCACACUAUCAUUAUGCUCUUCUCUUCUCUUCUUUGGUUUUUAUAAAUUGGGUGUCAUCAUUCCCUUGUGUAUAUAUGAAAAAGGGUUAUGUUAUUACUAAGAUCUGUAAAUGCGUAUAUGGUUAACAUAUUCAGUUUUCAAUGGCUUAUGCCAUUUCAAAAAUAAAAGGGUACAUAAACUCAAUGUUUGAAGAAUAA